AUGACAGGGCCAUCUGGAGCCGGUCCAGCUGCAGAAGCACCAGUACCAGUAUCAGAUGCUGCUGCAGCGGCGCCAACUUCUUCACCAUCACAAAACUAUCUCCACGAUCAAUACGCUAUAACCCGGCCGCUUUCAUCCUCUCACCAAUCUCCUAGCACACCGACGGCCUCCGCUUUUUCGGACCCAGGAUUUCCUGAUCCUGAACGUCUACAACAAAAUGCCGCCGACCCGCCCCUCGAUCUUUUGACAUUUUCUGACGUCCCGACCGAUCUGCCCAAACAUCAUCAAGCACGUAGACCUUCCCCUGGUUUAGCAGCUCGUCUCAAGGCUUUAGGUUUCGGUAAUCAACAAAGACAGGCAUCGUCUUUGCCCACAUCGCCAUCCCAUGAACACAUUGGCCGCUUACCAGAAGACCAGCUGCGGCUACUUGACCAAAAGCAUCAAAACAGUUCUACCGAGUUCGUCGUCGAGCGACGCGGUCGUCCUUGGAAGGGCGCUGGUACACCUUUCCAAUUGUUAAGGUCUAAAUCUAGCCGCGACUCGUUUCGAAUAAAGAAUACCAACGAGGAAGAAAGACCCGUCUCGCUGCUACUACCAGAGAUAUCCGAGGCGCCGCCAUUGGAAAUGGAUACCAAUAAAUAUCGAUUGCCCGACCACACGAAUGGAAAUGGCACCAAAGCACAAUUAGAUACUCGGCGGGAGCAUAUCAAACGAGACUCACAGGUUCCGAAGUUAGAGUUGGACGACGAAUCCGAAACGCCACCUCCUUUACCCCCCAAAGAUACGCCCCCUACGAGUGCAACUCCUGCCGAUUUCACAUCUGACCUACCUAACUAUUUUAACCCCCUCGGGCUUCAACGGGCAGGAUCCAUAUAUACGAUAUCCCGCGCGUCAUUUGCUAAUCAGCUUGCCCAACUUACCGCACUUCAGCUGCCCGAUGCCGAGUUACUCUCGACGGCGUCGAAGGCCUUGUUGGGCGCCGCCGAGCAGAUACGGAGUUGGAUUUCGAAGGCCUCUGAAGUUAUUGGGGGCCUAGAUAGCGAUGAUGAUGUCGAGUGGGCUGCGGCUGGGGGCCGAGAAGGAUACGAGGAAGUGGAAAAUGCCAUUACGAGAUUCGAGGGACUUAUCAAUGUCUACGUGGGCGCAAUUGAGGAACUCCAAAACAGACCAGAUAUUGCAAGCGUAUCCAGCGAAGACCUACAGAAGGCCGUCACACAGAUGGAAGCUAUUAUGAAUUCAUGGGUGAAGAUUCGGAAAACCCUGAAUGACGUCAAAGGCCAGGUCGAGACGGCGAUGGAGUGGGAGGAGCUGUGGAACAUGGUUCUCGGUGAUAUCCAGAACGAAAUGGACGAGCUAAGUCGACUAAUCUUCGAGAUGGAGGAACGGCGCCACAAGUCCAUGAUGGCCGUUUCAAAUGGGGACGGGAUGGACAUAGGCGAUCUAGAGACCAUUGUCGAGGAAACGCCACCGGCUGUCAUGCGCAAUAAUCGAUUUAGUGUGCCAUCGUUUCCGCUUAGCCCAAGUUCCCCGGGAACUCCCGCACUCACCCAGGAUGACUCUAGCCUACUUGCACUGUUCGCACGGAUGCAGCCGCUGAGAGCGUCGUUGGACUUCUUGCCAAUGCGACUGUCGGUAUUUGAAGCAAGAGCUUCUGCGUCCUUCCCGACAGCCUGCGAAGAACUAGAAAUGAGGAGAGCCGGGCUGGAAGCGAGCUAUAAGAAACUCGAGAAGGACGCCGAAUCCCUUAGAAAGGAGCUCGGUGAAGACAAAUGGGUCCUCGUUUUUCGUAGUGCCGGUAGGCAAGCCCAGAAAAUGAUCGAGUCUGUAGACCGUAGCAUGGCAAAGGUGUACGAGGCGGUGGAUCAAGAUUUACAACACUCUAGUCCCGCGGCGAUGACAAAGAAGAUCGAGAGCUAUGAGGCAAAGAAGGUGCACUACGGACCUGCGAUUGAGCGUGUACUGUCAAUCAUCGACAAGGGAGUUAAGGAUAGACUUACUGUGAACGGCGAAAUUCUUCGGCUGCAUAACGAGUUGGAAUCUAAGUGGGAGGAAGCAAGAGAGUCGAUGACAAAGUUAAGCGUCAUCAUAGAGGAAAUUCAGUCAAACAAGCACAACCAACAGCUACGAGACUCUAUCUCCAGCAUGCUCUCCAACGAUAGAUCAACUACCGCUAGCGGUAAUGAGACCCCGGGAAGUUCGCCGCCAUCAUCGGUUAUCAUGUCCACAGGCCCGGAGUCAAGCACUUCCCUAACACAGCACAAGAGGCGCACUAUAAGUGGUGGGAGUCAUCUGCCUCAACCUGCUUCUGCUCGUAGAAGUAGUUCAAGUUUAGCGCCUCCUUCGCGACGGCCCGCUGGAUCCCGACUUUCUACAUUCCAGCCUAGUACUACUAGCCUGACUACGCCACCUCGAAGCGGUAGUGUUACCCCCCUUAGUCGUUUCUCGAAAUCCAAUUCGAAUGUUGCCGAUAACCGUCCGCGAUGGAAUACAUCCACGAAUACCAACGAUUCUGAUGUUGGGCAUAACUUUAAGCCACUCACCCUUACCAUGCCUAGCCCAUACGCCAAAACAACGCCUAAUCCUGUCCGCUCUUCAUCUUCUCUUGGGCAAUCUUCUGGGGGCUCGAAGCUUCCCCUCCGUAGUCCAUUAUCUAUGGCGGCUUCUUCUUCGCCAGCUCUUGAGGAUACGCUACCAAGGAAGAGCACUUCUCGUCUCUCAUUCCGUGACCGGAUUAAUGCGGCUGCUUCUGCAGGACAGUCCGUUCCAGCGUCGGCAGCCAAGUCCCGGGCUUCGCAGGGAUCGUUUACCUUCGAUAACCGACGAGCUUCUUUCCAGCCGCCGAGGCUAGAUUUCAGUAUGAGUGAUACUCGGCGAUCAGCUAGUUCCUUGUCUAUGAGUAACCGGCGCAUUAGUUUACUCCCUCAACCCAAGUCAAAGAUGGAAGAUUCAAGUGGCCGCCACAGUCCGCAGGCUACCGCGGCGGCUCGUGCUGCUAUGAGCAGGGGUAGCAGCGUAACAGAGUCGAAGCCGAAAGAUAACAAGCCCCGUUGGCACUUCUAA